CGAGGUCAUCUGUCAAUCACUGCAAAUAACAGAAGCUUUAGACUUACCGCAACAACUGACCUCAUUCAGUGUAAACACGGAGUACUGUGGAAACUAACUUAUGUGGUACCGCUCAAUGCACUGAGGAUGAAGGCUAUUACUGCAGCCUUGUCGCUGCUAGCCAUUUUCUACGUGGCUGCUGCUGUGGAUGAACCUGCCUGUAUGUGCCCCAAGCACCUGUUCUCAUGCGGCAACUGCAUCUGCAUCCCGCACCAGUGGGUGUGCGACGGUGACGACGACUGCGAGAAGAGCCAAGAUGAGGCAAAAUGUGGUGAAGUCCCCACAUGUCCUGGCAAUGACUUCACGUGUGAAAACAGCCGCUGUAUCAAUAAGGAAUGGCUGUGUGAUGGUGACAACGACUGCGGAGAUGACAGCGAUGAACUUGGAUGUCCUCCUCGGAACUGCACGACUGAUGAGUUCCGCUGCCGCAACACCAACUGCAUCCCCAAGGAGUGGAAGUGUGAUGGAGACGACGACUGUGGAGACUUGUCAGAUGAAAACUGUCAAAAGCGUCAGUGUAAACCAGAUGAGUUUCAGUGCGGGGACGGAACAUGUAUCAUGAAGUCCUGGCUCUGUGACAAGGACAUUGAUUGUGGCGACAGUUCUGAUGAGAGUAGUUGUGAGCAGUACAAGCUGCGCUGUCGGAAGGAUGAGUUCCGAUGCACGCGGAACGAGUACUGCAUCCUCAAGGUGUACCAGUGUGACGGAGAGGAUGACUGUGGGGACUGGGAGGACGAACUCCAGUGUGGCACCAACUACUGCAACUUAGGGGAGUUCAACUGCACCAAUGGUGUCUGUAUCCAUGACAACUGGCGCUGUGACGGAGACUGGGAUUGUGAAGAUGGCUCUGAUGAACACAACUGCACCAAUGUGACGACAGCUGUGGGCAAGUGCAAGAAAGAGGAAUUCACCUGCAGCAACGGCCACUGCAUCAACAAGACACAGCGCUGUGACGGCAACAUUGACUGCUCAGACAACAGCGACGAGGAGCACUGCAAGGUGAAGCAGUGCAGUCAAGGACAGUUCCGAUGCAAGAACAACCGGUGUAUCGGCCUCCAGAAGGUCUGCAACGGUAUCAAUGAAUGUCAGGACAACUCGGAUGAACAGAACUGCAGCUUGCCGAUGUCAUGUGGCAGUAACCAAGGCAACUGUUCCCACCAGUGCGUGCAGACAAGUAUCGGGGCUAAAUGUACAUGUCCAGUGGGCUACCAGCUGGCCAACAACAAGAGAACUUGUGAAGACUUUGACGAGUGUGAGUUUGACGGAACCUGCAGUCAGAUGUGUGAGAACACCCGGGGCUCGUACAAGUGCUCCUGUGUCACCGGCUACCGACUCAAGCCGGACGGACGAGGCUGCAAGGCUCUCGGGGGAGAGGCCUAUCUGAUAUUUGCCAACCGUGUGGACAUCCGAAGAGUGACAACUGACCGCUCCGAGUACACGUCCAUCCUAGAGGGGCUGCGCAACGCCAUCGCACUGGACUUCCACCACGAGAAGGGGCUGGUCUUCUGGUCGGACAUCACCCUGGACAAGAUCAAGCGGGCGUACCUCAACGGGAGCAAGAUCAAGGAGAUCGUGGCAGAUGGCCUGGAGAGCCCCAGUGGACUAGCAGUAGACUGGGUGCACAACAUGCUGUUCUGGACUGAUGCCGGUACGUCACGGAUUGAGGUCGCCGACCUUGAAGGCAACCAUCGUAAAGUCCUUAUUUGGGAGAACCUGGAGAAGCCACGUGCCAUCGCAGCCCAUCCAAAACGAGGCGCCAUCUUCUGGACCGACUGGGGCAGCACUCCUAAGAUCGAGCGCGCCAGCAUGGAUGGCAGCGAGAGGAUGCUUCUGGCCAACACCUCGCUGUUCUGGCCCAACGGCCUCACGGUGGACUACGCAGCUGAGCGCAUCUACUGGGCCGACGCCAAACACCACGUCAUUGAGUGCUCCGACCUCGUGGGCAAGAACAGGCGCACAGUCAUCAAUGAAGGUCUGCCCCACCCCUUUGCCCUGACGAUGUUCGAGGAUGAGCUCUACUGGACCGACUGGCACACAAAGAGUAUCAAUAAGGCCAAUAAGUUCAAUGGCAACGAAGUGGAGACAAUCCGGAACCGCCUCCACUACCCAAUGGACAUCCACACCUUCCACCCUCAGCGACAACCUCCGACCCGGAACCACUGUCGGAACAACAAUGGCCGCUGCAGCCAUCUGUGUCUCCCCAAUGAGAAGAGCUUCUCAUGUGCGUGUCCCACCGGCCUCCAGCUCCAGGCAGACAGGAAGAAGUGCAGCAAGAACAUUGAGUCUUUCUUGCUGUUCUCUACCCAAUCCGACAUCCGUCGCGUGACUCUGGACACACCCGACCUGACUGAUGUCGUCAUCCCACUCUCGGGCAUCUCCCGUGCAGUGGGGGUCGAGUGGGACAGUGAAACAGACUCCAUAUUCUGGUCUGAUGUCGGCUCAGAUGUCAUUGGGCGCGCUCGGUGGGACGGGACUGGAGACGAGCACAUCGUGGGGUCCAGCCUGGACAGUCCGGCUGGUCUGGCUCUGGACUGGGUUGCCCGGAAGAUCUACUGGACGGAUGCUGGGAAUGACCGCAUAGAGGUAGCCAACCUGAACGGAUCCAUGAGGACAGUGCUACUGUGGGAGAACUUCGACCAUCCCCGAGACAUCGUUGUGGACCCACGGGCAGGGUUCAUGUACUGGACUGACUGGGGAAAGAAGCCGAAGAUCGAGCGGUCAGGGAUGGAUGGCAGCGGGCGCAUCAUCCUCAUCAACAAGAACCUCACCUGGCCAAAUGGUCUGGCCAUCGACUACGACAGGAGCAGGUUGUACUGGACGGACGCAGGAGAGAAAACUAUCGAGUCUUGCACACUGCAUGGAGCUGAGAGGAAGAGUGUGAUCGCCCUCGGCCUCAACCACCCGUUUGGCCUGGCGCUGAAGGGUUCCCUAAUGUACUGGACGGACUGGGAAACACAGAGCAUCCACUUCGCCAAUAAGUUCACCGGGUCGGAGCGAGGCAUCCUGAUGAGUCAGCUUGGCCAUCUGAUGGACAUCCAUGUCUUCCAUAGGUCGCGGGAUGAAGUCCACACCAAGUGCAGCACCAACAACGGCGGCUGCAGUCACCUGUGUCUGGUGGCACCACUGCCGAAAGGUCACGCCUGUGCCUGCCCCACAGGAAUACUCCUGAAGGACGACCAGAAAACAUGUGCCGAAGAGAUGACUGACUUCCUCAUCUUCACGCGUCGCACCGACAUCCGCAAGAUCUCCUUGGAUGUUGACUACUACGCUGAUGUCGUGAUCCCCGUUGGACAGCUGAAGAACGCCAUCGCCAUUGAUGUCGACGGUGUGGAAGGGAAGAUGUACUGGACGGACACAGUGCUGGACCACAUCGCUCGGUCCAAUCUGGAUGGAUCCGGGUAUGAGGUGGUGAUAAACCAGGGCCUCCACACAGCCGAUGGGCUAGCUGUCGAUGCUGUCGGAGGAAAGAUCUACUGGACUGAUGAUGGCCGCAACCGCAUCGAAGUCGCAACUCUAAAUGGCAAGAUGAGGAAGGUGUUGAUCUGGGAUGACUUGGACAAGCCCCGGGCGAUAGCUCUACAUUAUGAUGCUGGGUAUAUGUAUUGGACGGACUGGGGCAAGAUUCCCCGAAUCGAAAGAGCCGAUAUGGACGGCAACAACCGUCACCUCAUCAUCGGCGAGAACUUGGCCUGGCCCAAUGGCCUGGUGAUUGACAUUCCAACAUCUCGCAUCAUCUGGGCAGAUGCUCGAACUGAGCUGAUUGAGUGCUCCGACCUGAACGGCCACCGGCGGCGGAAGCUUGUAGACCACGUGGCCCACCCGUAUGGCCUGACGGUGGCUGGCAACUACGUGUACUGGACGGACUGGCAGGCAACCGCGGUGCACAAGGCCAACAAGAACACCGGCUCAAACCCAACAAAGAUCAGGGAGAAUCUACCCGGGAUCAUGGACAUGCAUGCAGUGCAGGUCAACAGACAAGAGACUCACGUGAACCGCUGUGGAGACCAAAACGGAGGCUGCUCCCACCUGUGCCUGCCCCGCCCCAAGGGGAUGACAUGUGCCUGUCCCUCAGGGCUCCUGCUGAAGGAGGACGGACAGACGUGUGAAGACUUUCCCAAGACAUAUCUCCUGUUCGCAAGUCGUGGCAGCAUCCGUCGCAUCUCCCUGGACAGCUAUGACCACACAGACGUCUACCUCCCCAUCCCCCACCUGCACAACGUUGUCGCCAUCGACUUUGACUUCAAGGAGGAGAAGGUGUUCUACUCCGACGUCUACCUGGACGUUAUCAGACAAGCAGACCUCAACGGGAGCGCCACCAAGAACGUGGUUGAGAAGGAGCUGUCGACAACCGAUGGCUUGGCUGUGGAUUGGAUUGGGAGGAACAUCUACUGGACCGACACCGGCCGCGACGUGAUCGAAGUGGCCAAACUGGACGGCUCCUGCAGAAAAACUCUCAUCUCAGCUCGGCUAGAUGAACCCAGGGCCAUCGCACUCUUCCCUAAGAAAGGAUUGAUGUUCUGGACUGACUGGGGUGCACAGCCAAAGAUCGAGCGAGCGUAUCUAGAUGGUGCACAGAGGAAAGUCAUCGUCCAAAGCAACCUUGGCUUCCCCAAUGGUCUGUCAGUGGACUACGAUGCUAGACGCUUGUAUUGGGUGGAUGCAAAGUUUGACAAGAUUGAGACGUCUGAUUUCAAUGGCAAGAACCGGGCAACUCUGCUGGAGAAGAUUCCUCACCCGUUUGGCCUCACAGUGUAUCAAGACUACAUCUACUGGUCGGACUGGCAGACAGAGAACAUAGAGCGAGCCAGCAAACAUAACGGGAAGGAUCGCACGAUCAUUCAGAGUCGCCUCGAGGGGCUGAUGGACAUCCACAUGGUGGCACCAGAGAGGCAGACAGGUUCCAAUGGAUGCAGCCAAAACGGAGGCUGCACUCACCUGUGUCUGGCACGACCUGAUGGCUAUGUGUGCGAGUGUCCCAACAUCCCUGACAGCACGCCCUGCAUGGCAGUUCCAAGAGCAUCCAACCUUCCCCACAACCCAGACAUCCCCAGUAUCGACAUCAACUCCCACAUGGAGCCCGCCGAAGAAUGUACUGAUGAGGACUCGGAGACUGGACUAUGUAGCAGGGACACCCUGGCUGUGUCCACCCAUGCUCAAAGGAUCAGCACGGCAUACAUCGUCCUUGGCAUCAUCACUGUCAUCGUCCUCAUCGGUUUCAUCGUGUUUUUUGUCUUGUGGAAGAGACAAAAGCGUCGUCAGUAUAACGUAGAAGAGUUUACGACAUUGACCUACGCGAACCCAACGUAUCAAAAAGCCAGUUCUGAGACCAUCAACUCCGAUCACAGCCGGUCUGUGAGGCCGUGGCAGAGGUUCCGAUAUUGUAAACGAGAUGAGCGACUGAGCAUGGUUCCGGUGGACAGUGACAAGCUGAACAACAUGGAGCGCGCCGCCCUCGUGCAGCAGAUGGAGACCAGUAACUCCCCACAGGGCGACGCUUCAGAAGAUUCUUGUAUCACUAAAAAUAUCUUUAAAAAUAAUACAAAAUAUACAACUGAAUCAUCCAAACUAAAUAUCCCGUAUAAGCCUGUUGACACGUGAGUGAGUGAUCCCGGACUGUGAUACAAUGGUGCAAGCUAAUUGUGGGAGUACCCAUCCAAAGAUAAACUUAUGAGAAAUCCCACCAAACCAAGUGCUGUCAAUCAGACUCGAUAUGAGUGGAUGUGAUUCUGUGUUCAAUUGAUGAUAUAUUCCAUACAACUUAUAAUGUGAAGACCACAGACUGGAGACUAUUUCCCAUAAAACUUGCGUCACUAUGGAUGUAUUGAUCUGAUUGUGUGUGAUUAUAGUGGGUACACCUGAGCAUCCCAAUGACCAGAGGAUAUAUUCCAUACAACUAAUUAUGUGAAUACCUCAAAUGACAGUGUUAUCCACACAACUUAUGUCACAGUGGAUUAUUGACAGACUUCAAGUGGAUAUUGUGUUGAAUGCUUGUGAGAAUGUGCUCUGUGAGUAACUCAAGACGUUUAUGAUUAAGUCAAGUUUUGUGAUAUUCUUCUGCUGGGAUCGUCCGCCCGCCAAGUGUUGUAUUCAAGUUCCUUGGCUGUUCCUGACUCAAGUGUGACAAAGUGCUUCCAAACACAGACCACAGAAUGGAACUGCUUCAACACGUGACACACAGAUGCAGAGACAGAGCAUCUUGCAGUGAUCUGUGUCAAACAUGUAUCAAUGAUAACGCCCAAAUAACGUGAUGGUUUAUAAAUAAGGCUGGUCUUACACUGAGGCCAAUCUAACAAUUAAAAUAACCUCCUAAUUCAAUACAUGACUCUUACAAAUUCACAUAUUUUUAUCUGGAGGGAAUUUCUUUCACAAAUAUUGGGAAAUGUAUCAAUCUCAUUAGAAUCAGAUCUUAGUUCUCGCUACCACUAAACAAGGAUCUGAGUCCAUCCCAUUACGGGUCACGUCAGACCGACCUUGCGCGAACUUUGACCAACCAAUUGAAAGACUGACAAGAAGUCUACA